AUGGCUUACCUUCCACCUCCUCAAAAUCUCAUCUCCUGUAAUGAGAACUCUGAUCUUGAAUCCAUUCAGGCGGUUGUAGUUUCCAUCAACGACUACAUUCUCAGCGUUGUAUCAGACCCUGAAGUAUGGUUUCCACUUAAGCAGCAAUGCAUUACCAUCUUGAGCAUUGAAGAAGAGAAUACUCUCUUUGAAUUCUCCUCUGAACACUCUGCUCUCUCGAGUCUCUAUUGGGGAAUCCAAAGCAUUGAAGCUUCUAUACAACCCGAAACCUCAGAAGAGAAGAUGUCUUGUCUCAGAAACUCAGAGAGGAUGCUUCAAAUGCCUGCGUUGCUUGACGAACAAGGAACCACUACUUUAGGUGUUCCCAACACAAUCUUGGUUGCUUUCUCUUACUUUUACCUCUCCAUUGUAAGCUGUCUCCAAGGUGAUUCCUUGCAAACCACAUUGCAUUUUCUCCAGUCAGUUUUGGUCUCACCUGAUGUCCUAAGAAACGAGAUUGCCCCUGAGCUCUGCGAGUGCCUUUUCUUCACACCUGGUGUGUCUAAGUCAGAUGAAGAGAUCAGAGAGAUUGCAAGGAAGUAUAAAUAUAGAGCAACUUAUUACCAAGUUAUAUCAUAUGGAAAGAGUCAUCAACGGUCUGGUGAAUGUACAGAGAAGCCACUUCCAAGACCAAAGAAAUAUAGGCCAGAGAUAUCUACAGCUAAUGGAGAUUCAGUUGCAGAGAAGCUAGAGUUAUCAGGAACCUGUGAGUACAAGAACCUCCAGAGUGUUGAUGUGCAAGAAGAUGAACUUAAUGAUAUCUUUAACAAACUCAAAGCAUCCAGGAAGAUUGAGAAGUCUGCAAACAACUUUGAAGGUUCUACAUGUUUGGAUUGGAACCUGCCUGAAGAUUACAAUCCAGAGUUUGGAACAUGUAAAAGAGUCAUGAGCCUCAAAGACUUCUUGAAUGACUCUCAGCCAAUCCAACAAUAUAAUGAAGAGACAUUAGCCAAAAGAUCCCACAGUUUAAUUGGUCACUUUAACCGUUCCAUCAUUGAUAUUCAGGCUCAACAAGCAUACAAAACUAGGAGUGCACACAUAGAAGAUGUCUCUUCUCUGAGGCAACUGGAUUUGGAAGAAAUUUCAGGACAUCAAGGUUCCAUAACUUUUGAAGGAAUGAGGAGAAAUCUGCAAACGGUUAAACUAGGAGAUGGAGUUCAGACGCAUUCAAGAAGAGCUCGGAGAAUGAGUCUAUGGGAGAACCUUCAGAGCUUUAUAAAGGAAGUGCUAGGGAAUGAGGAUGAGAAGUAUCUCUCAGAGGUUACAAUGAUCUAUCAAAUGCUCAACGGAAAGCAAGGAGUCAAGUAUAGCAUGCUCAAGGAUGUGAUUCUAGAUCAGCUGCUUAUGGCUAUAUCAAGUUCAGAGGAGAAAACUGUGAUUAAAGCAUCGAUGACUGCACUUACCAAGAUCAUAUCAGUCAAUAGAACAGCUAUAGAGGAGGUCAAGAAGAAGGGUUUGAAUCUAAGCCAUUUAGCAAACGCCCUGAAACAAAAUGUGCAAGAAGCAGCUAUUCUCAUCUACCUGAUAAAGCCAUCUCCAACAGAAAUAAAAAGUCUUGAGCUGUUACCAGCUCUAGUGGAUGUUGUUGCAUCAACUUCCUCUUCUUCUGCUUACACAUUUAGACCUUCACCUCCUCUCUUGACACCUCCUGCAGCAUCACUGAUGAUAAUAGAAGUGCUUAUUACUGCUUUUGAUCAUGCUACAAAUACCAUGCACUUAGCUGAGAUCAGCUCUCCUUCUGUCCUUGGUGGACUUCUUGAUGUUGCAAAAAGUGGAAACUCAGGGGAAUUCAUCUCCUUGGCCAGAGUUUUAGUCAAAUGCAUGGAGUUCGAUGGAAUCAACACGAAGUAUAUCUAUCAGCAUACUCGAGUGGCCCCUUUUGCGCAUCUCCUGCAGAGCAAAGACAGAGAAGAAAUCUUCAUUGCUCUUCAGUUUCUUCAUGAGGUCCUGAAGAUACCAAGGUCUUCAGCAAUUAAGAUUCUGCAGCAGAUAAAGAAAGAAGGAAGUUUUGACAUUCAAGAGACAUUACUUCAGUGUAUUAAACAGCUGCAGGGAGAUCACAAACUCUUUGCAGCAGAUAUAUUGCUUCAACUGAAUGUGUUGGAAUCCCCUUCUGAGAGCAAAAAGUUCAGAAAUGAGGCCAUAAGAACUCUCCUUGAAGCAGUUACAUAUAGUGAAUGCUCAAACAUGCAGCUUUUAUCAACAUUGAUUCUUUCGAAUAUCGGUGGAACCUAUUCAUGGAAAGGAGAACCAUACACUGCUGCUUGGCUGAUGAAAAGAGGAGGUCUCACUUCUAUGUCACACAUGAAUAUGAUAAGAAACAUCAACUGGUCAGAUGAAUGCUUACAGGAUACAGGAAUAGAUGGUUGGUGUUGUAAGAUAGCAAGAAGAAUUAUUGAGACAGGAAAAGCCACAUUUUGCGGUUUACAAGAAGGUCUGAAGAGUAAAAACAAGAAUGUGGCAAAGGCAUGUCUUGUAGCCAUUGCAUGGCUCAGUAUAGAGAUUUCAAAAGGUCCAAACAGUUUAAAAUAUUCAGCAUGUGAAGUCUUACUUGAAGAGAUAUCACAAUUUCUACACCCUGGGUUGGAGCUUGAAGAGAGACUUCUUGCUUGCAUAUGCAUCUACAACUUUAGCUCUGGCAAAGGGAUCCACAAACUAAUCAAUUUCUCGGAAGGAGUUAGGGAGUCUUUAAGACGUCUUUCAAAUGUGACUUGGAUGGCAGAUGAAUUGCAUAAAGCAACAUAUUAUCUAUUCAGCAAAUCAGACCAGCGAAUAUCUUGUGUUCAUACACAAACCAUAGAGAUGCAUCAAUCUGGAAGUGGAGCUGUGACAGCUCUUAUCUAUUUUAAAGGCUUGCUCUUCAGUGGAUACUCAGAUGGUUCAGUAAAGGUGUGGAAUGUGGAUGACAAAUUAUCAUCAACGCUUCUAUGGAACAUCAAGGAGCACAAAAGCGCUGUAACAUGCUUUUCAGUUUCUGAAACAGGAGAGAGUGUCUUAAGUGGAUCUGCAGACAAAACUAUCAGGAUAUGGCAGAUAGUUAAAGGAAAGCUGGAAUGUGUUGAAGUCAUCAAAACAAAAGAAUCAAUAAGGAAACUGGAAGCAUUUGGAAAUAUGAUCUUUGUAAUAACCAAAGGGCACAAGAUGAAGAUGCUUGAUUCAUCAAGAACAUCUCAAAGUAUCUUCAAAGGUAAAAGUGUGAAGAGUAUGGUAGCAGCACAAGGAAAGAUGUACAUAGGAUGUAUAGAUUCAAGCAUACAGGAAUUAAUACUUGCAAAUAAACGGGAGAAAGAGAUCAGAGCACCAACGAGGAGCUGGAGAAUUCAAAACAAGCCCAUCAACUCAGUGGUUGUGUACAAAGACAUGUUAUAUAGCUCAAGCACCCAUGUUGAGAUGUCCAAUAUCAAGGACUUAAGAAGGAGUUAUGAGCCCCAAAUGUCAAUAUCAGCUGAAAAGGGGGCCAGUAUAGUAGCUAUGGGUGUUGUUGAAGACUUCAUCUACUUGAAUCGAAGUUCAUCCACAAACACUAUUCAGGUUUGGUUGAGAAGGACACAACAGAAAGUUGGAAGGUUAUCAGCAGGAAGCAAGAUAACAAGCCUCCUUACUGGCAAUGACAUUGUUUUUUGCGGUACAGAAGCUGGAGUAAUCAAGGGAUGGGUUCCUUUAUAGCACAAAAAAGAAGGAUGUGAGUUGUGUGAUGUCUUGAUCGAGUAGACAUUCCAAUGUUUCCCCCAUCUAUUACAAACUUGUGGUUUUGG